AUGGCUGACCUUCGAGAGUCGCCUAGGCGUCCAACAAGCGCCCAAACAGCCUCGCAUCUACAAUAUCCGACCCUCCCGCCGCUGACUGCCUCAGUAGAAGAGUGGUUGUCCCGCUCACGGCCAACGAACAACAUGACGUCAGACCACAUCGCUGAUUCUCCCCCAAAGGCCCUCAGCGAAAGUUGGGCAACUCUCAGUGUGUCCGACUUGCACUCCGAGGAUGGGAACCGUUCCGAGCAGACUGACAUCGGUUCCCUGCUCGAUCAAUCUACCCCCGACGAUGUGGCUAGCCUGGACGAUCAAGAUAGUGGCAGCGAUGAGGAUAACCCGGAGCAGGAAUACACUCAUGAUUAUGACAACCGGGACCAGGAAGAGCUACAUGCACUCGCGACAUCACAACAGUUUCCAUCACGAUUCUCUCAUACCGGAUCUGCUAUUGAUGAUAGCAACCUGACCGCCCGACCCCCCUUCCGCCAGUCCCUGAACUCGAUCGAAUUUUUAGAGCCAGAGAAAUGGCCCGAGAUGGAAAGAGUUGAGCUCAAGCAUACCAUCCAUGUCUUUGACGAUGAAACAGCCUCGGAGAUGAUGAGCCGACUCCCAUACAACCCGAUCAACUCGAUACUCCUAGCGACAGUUCAGCAAACCAUGACCAAGCAAAGCCUUGAUCUUGAUAAACCCUUUCGUGUUCUCUACCUUGGGAACUCGGAGUACCGGAACAUUAUACUAGAUAAGAUCGGCGAUGUCUUGGUGUCAAGCUCACCUACUGGGUCGCAGUCUAGCUCUGCCGAGUCCUCUCGAUAUCACGUUGUGCCGACUUCAUUCGGAGUUGGAGCAGUUCCCAACUUUGCAGAGCUUCUUCCCAUUCAUGUUCAGCUUGUGGUAGAUGAAUGCACGGAAGCUAGCUCCGAAGCUCAUGCGGACCGCCCGAGCACAUUGCAUUUAAAUUUCAAGAACCGCCCCGCAUGCCGCUCGCAAUGGCUCGCCAACAGAUAUCAAGUCUCGUCCCCUUCUGAGUGGACUUUGCCAGAUGUGGCUAUCAUCUUCGUGUCUACCCGCGACAACGCAGCUGCUGUGAAGACACGACGUCUCGCUCAUAUUUUCUUGGAACGACAUGGGAUUCCGGCAAUGGUGAUCUCGGAAGAGCCUAUCUGGAGACGAGCCGGCGAGGCUAUCCCUCUUAACCACCACAGUCUCCAUACUUGCCUGGAGUCACGUCACGCAGAAACUGGGGAGACAGCGGUGCUCAAGCGUUACCCCAUCGACUUAAAGACGUUUGAGAGCAUCACACCGAGCCAGCUCAAUCGAAACCUGGCGUCCCUUAUGGACAUAUACCCAAAGAAGACACUCAAAGCAACCUCUGAUCUGCCCAAGUCUGCAGAGGGGAACUCGCCUGCAAAACACGAGAAGUAUUCACGCAACUGGAUCCCACCAACAUACGCCGCCUGGACCCGCGAACUGGGACCUCUCCUCCGCCUUGUCACAUUGACCCUCAUCUCGGCCGUGGUCCUGUCAAUUGGCUAUUCGGCAUUAAAGGCAGUCUCUCUCUUUUUUGCGCAACUGAUUGCCGGUUCAGCACUGUCUCAUUCGUUGUCUCAGACCUCAACCACCUCGAUUCCGACUGCAGCCCUGACUUUGGAAGGUGUGGGACAGACGGCGCUAUCCAUUCGACCAUCCGGAGAUCUCGAUUUGAGAAAUUCUGCGAUGUCUGACUUUAUUGUCUCUUCGCCAUCGGCUCUUUCCAUUGCGACAUCAGGCUCCUCUGUGGGCACCGAUGACUUUGAGAUUCAAGUUGUUGGAGACUGUCAUGUAGUCAUCAAGCCCCCUCGCAGCCUUUCUACCUUCAGAAAACAGCGACGAUUCGACGUGAGUGUCCAUCGGAAUGGUAGAUCUCUCCCUCAUGAAUUAUCUCGCCUCUUCGAUGGCGUCUAUACGCUGAGGUUGGAUCGGGAGGACGCCUAUGGCUUGGUUGAUGUGACCGUCACAUCCAAGUUCAAUCAUCCAGUUAACCAAACCAUGAAAAUUGACUUCGGAACUCCAUGGCUCAAGAUUGCCAACUGGCGACGAGCGGCACAGAACAUCUCUUCUCAAAUCACGAAGGACUUGCAGGUUGCCCAAACGGGGCUCAGUGAAGUCUAUGGCCGUCUCACCACCGAUCUCCAAGUAAUUAUGGGGGAUGUUGUCAAGCGAUCACACUUCUUGUGGGAAGAUGCCGAGCGUUUCCGGCGCGAGGGCCUACACGCUGGCGAUAUUGUUCUGGCCCGGUCGAAGCAGCUUUCGGAAGUCAUCACCCGUAAUGCUGUGCAGCGAUUUCAGAGCGUUUCCUCCGUUCUCCAAAGCCGCUCCGUGACAGUGAAUCGGGGGGGCCAAGGGGAUUGUGAGUAA